ACUCACAUUUUAAGGAAUUUAAAGAAAAUCGACCGAUCUUUGUUCAAUUUCUAGUUCAGAUCGGCUUUGGAGAUUAAAUUAAAUUAAAUAGUGCCAGUAGCUUCCGUAGUUUGAAGUUCCGUGAAUUAUCCGGAAUCCGGUCAUCUCGAUCUUUGUCGUUUUCAUCCCCUCCUAGGCGAGGAGAUAGACAACAGCGACGAAGAGGACGACUCCAACGACGGCGAGGACGUCGACGACAAACGACCGGCACGACGCGGAGGAAGAAGAAGAAAAGAGAGACGAGUGUUCGGUGAAGCCUACCGACCGGCUAUUUGGAACACGGCCGAUCAGUUCCUUCGGCGCCUUCGCACCGUGGACGUGGACACGCGAACGUCCUUUGUCGUCGAUUUUGAACGCGCGCCUCCGUUUCAAACGGGGUAAAAGACGGGGUCGAGGAAACCUGCGCGAAAAAUCGCGCGACGCGUCAUUUUUCUAAAUCGGUAUCCCGAGCACAAAAGAACCGACGUGAUGACCUUGUGACUCUCCUGCAGAAGAAACGGAAUUGACCAUGGAAAAUGUUUCGUGAGAUUGUUUGGAACAGUUCAUGAUAAGGCCUGGACUCGAUCGAUUUGUCUCGUUAAAAAUACUCGCCGACAAGAGAAAGUUUCUCGACAAUAGCGCGAGACGAUAUCAGCAGCGGCACAAUGUCGGAGGGUUGCACGAGUUGCAGAGGCGCGAAUUAUGCGAGUGGCACUUUGCAGUUAGGCACGAGCUCCGGUGGCAACACCGGAAGCUCGUCGUCCACGUCUGGGACGACCUGUACAGCCACGAGGAGAGUCCAAGUCCGUGCAAAAGUAUUAUAUGGCACGGGCAAAGCAAUAGCGAGCUUGCAAGCGCAGGAGAAAGCGGCCAGACAUUGACGAGCAUCGUCCUCUCUUCCCUCUCCUGCGCGUUGUCAUCGAAGCCGAGGGAAGCGAACGAUAAAAUAGAAUCCUACACGAGAGACCAAACGUCAAAUCAUGAAGUAAGAAUUUCCGACAAACACGAACAAUCGUUUUUCACAUCAACGGACGUUCUGAGGAGACGAGUAAAUAUUUCAUCGGACUACAAUCCUUUAACCCCAAAGAUCCAAGAAAGUAACGCAAAUACUUCGUAUCCUGUCGAAGCGCGCUUGAAAUACGUACCGGGGUUGCUAAAGAAAAAGAUAGACGAGGUAGCGGCGGAUGUGUUACAGCCAAGAGAUUCCGAGAUUGGAAUCACGUACAUUCCUGCGAAAGAGACGAAUCAGACGGGAGAUGGAAUCCGACAUGAAUUUUUGAACGCAUCGCGCAUUUCUGAAAGCUCCGCAGUAGCAGAAUCGGCGAAAAGAGAAAAAGGGCACGGGGAAAUCGGAAAGACGGAAGAUAAACUCGAUCGAGAGGGGGAGCCUCUGACCGGAUCGUUGAAUAAUGCCGGCGUCAAACUUAACGUUUCGAAAUCGUUGGGCGAUGCGAAAAAUAACACCCCGCAACAAGUAGAGUUUCCUCGGAAACAAAACGACGAUGUCCGAGCGAAUAAAGAUUCUAACAUCGGUGAUGUCUCUUCGACGACGAAGGCACACUUUGCAGAAAAGUCGGAUGACAUUCCUAUUCAAAUGACCAAUGCGAUCGCGAAGGCGCAGAAUGCUGACUCGAAAGUUGAUAAUCAAACUCUGGAGAGUCGUACCGAGGAGGAGAACUGGGAAUCCGAGGAAGACGAUUUAAUGAAAGCCGCGGAUUUUGGAUUGCAAGCCAUGCACGAUCUUUAUUAUGUCCAGGAGCCUAAAUUAUAUUCAAUGGGUCUUUACCUGAAGAGCGACAAUCCAGCGAGAUUCGUGGCGGCGUUUAACGACCAGUCGGAGGAAGCGAGAGAUCUCGCGAAAUUCGGCUACGCGGCUCUUCAGGGUACCACUAUGUUCUUAAAAAAGUUUCCCAACGCUUCCUUGGAGUUGCCUUUGUUCCGGAGUAAGCUUACCCGGAGAACCUCGCUGGAACGACAAUGUCCGCGACGAGAGCCACCUCAAUGCCCACGGGCUAGUCUGAGAUACAGAACAUCCGACGGCAGUUGCAACAACUUGCAAAAUCUCUGGUGGGGCUCCGCCAUGUCUGCGAUGCUGAGAUUUCUCCCACCGGAAUAUGAUGACGGUGUUCAAAGUAUUAGAAAGUCGAAGAACGGAAGGCCGCUCCCAAGCGCACGAGAUAUCUCAAACGUAAUCCACGAAAAUAAAGACGUACCUCUAGCUUCCGUUACUCAUAUGCUAAUGCAAUGGGGACAAUUUGUAGACCAUGAUUUGACAGCUACCGGUCAAAGCAGAGGAUUUAAUGGGACAGUGCCACAAUGUUGCUUGCAAAGAGGCAUCGGUCUUCAACCGUCAGAAUUCAUGCACCCGGAGUGUCUUCCGAUAACAGUGAAUCCACGCGACAGCUUCUACGGUCCUCUGGGCGUGAGGUGUCUGGAGUUCCUGAGAAGCGGACCCGCUCCUAAAGAGGGUUGCGAAUUCGGCCGGAGGGAACAAUUAUCUCAGGUGACCAGUUAUCUGGAUGCCUCUAUGGUUUACAGCAGCAAUGCCAUGCAUAGUGAUAGUCUGAGAAUCUUUCGAAACGGCUUACUGCAAUACGGAAGAAUACAGCGGAGAUCUCCGCUUUUGAAACGCGAGUCCGACUUGUGCAGACGUGGCUCUUUGUCCACGACCUGCUUCCGGGCCGGCGACGGACGUCUGAGCGAGCAACCUGCUCUCACGUCCCUGCACAUCGUUUUUCUAAGAUUGCACAACAGGCUAGCUAUGGAACUAUCCGCUCUGAACUCCCAUUGGAGCGACGAGAAAGUUUUUCAAGAAACUCGGCGGAUCGUCGGCGCGGUGGUCCAACAUAUAACUUAUCGAGAAUUCCUACCGAUCAUUCUUGGCCGCCAAGUGAUGAAAAUCUUUGACCUGGAAGUACUUAAAAAGGAUUACUAUGAAGGAUACGAUCCGAGCGUAAAUCCCACCGUUGCAAAUUCAUUUUCUACAGCGGCUUAUCGAUUCGGGCACUCAUUAGUCCAGCCGAGUUUCGUUAGAUUUGAUAGUGAUCACAGGCCCAUCUUUAAUAAUGUUUCGAUCCACAACGAGUUUAGCAACCCAACAAAUUUAGAGACAGCGGGAUCUGUCGAUCGCCUUCUCCUAGGCCUAGUGAAUCAACCGUGUCAAAAGCGAGACGAGUUCAUGAACGAGGAGAUGACGAAUCAUCUCUUUCAAACCCCUGGUUUCGCAUUCGGUAUGGAUCUUGCCUCUCUCAAUAUCCAGCGGGGUAGAGAUCACGGUUUACCACCUUACGUGCGAUGGCGUGAGCCUUGCAGCCUGUCGCCGAUAAGAACCUUCGAGGAUCUCAAUAGAGUGAUGUCGUCGGAUGCUGCGAGAAAAUUUAAAUCACUAUACUCAUCGGUGGAGGAUAUCGAUCUCUUCUCGGCCGGUCUAGCGGAGAACUCGGUGCUUGGCGGCCUGGUCGGUCCAACCUUUGCUUGUAUAAUCGGUCAACAAUUCAGUAAUCUGCGACGUGGCGAUCGAUUCUGGUAUGAGAAUCCCAACAGCGAAAGUAGCUUCACCAUCGGUCAGCUGCAGCAGAUCAAACAAGUCAGUUUGGCCCAAGUGCUGUGCCGAGCGAUGGAUGGCAUUAAAACCAUACAACCGUUCGUCUUCCUCGCGGCUGAUAUAUUGAAAAAUCAACGUCUUCCUUGCGAUCAUCCGGACAUUGGACAUUUAAAUCUUGAAUUCUGGGCCGAACGGCCAUCCGAAGUCAAGGUCGACUUCGGCAACCUGCAGAAGACUAAACGAACAGCGACCGAUACGACAGCGAGGAGAAAUCCCAUUUAUAAAUUGAAAGAGGAAAACGUCAAUCCCAGGAAAAAAACUGAUAAUCCCGAACAAAAGAAAACACCUCAGAAACCUUUCCAAAAUAGUAUUAAUCAAGAGAAUAAAAUCAUCGUGAAAAGACCACUUGGACGUCCGGACGAUAACAAUUUCACAAUCGUGGUUCAGAACAAUGCCGUAAAUUCGCCCGUUUUCGUGAACGAGGGUAUUUAUGGUUCACACAUAAAGAUACAGGAAAAUCCUCCUAUUAGACCGAUCUCAAAUCUUAAUCACGCUAUAAUAAAUCCUCUGUAUAAGCCGCAAGAAAAACCUAUACCGAUGUCUAUUCCUCAUUCGUCAAAUUUUUACUCAGCACGUCACCCAUACAUUCCCCACACUUUCAGUGAUCCCCAUAAUCCGAAUCCGCUUGCUUAUGGAUACAGAUCGCCUGCCUUCGCGCAAGAUGAUGUCUUUUACGACAAUUAUUCUGCCACCAGUCCCAGACCAACUCUCUAUACUUAUUACACAAAUGUUCAGCAGACAUCUAGUACCAAAAUACCAGAUCAUGAGAUUAACGGUUAUUUGAUUAAUUAUGGACCAUCGUAUCAUGAUUCGCUUCCAGCGCAUACUCAUGAAAGACCUAAACCUCCGACAAAUACGUGGUUGACUAGACCGAAUUACGCACCGAGUGACGGAUCUUAUCAUUCGCACAGACCAAGUUAUGACAAACCUUCAAUAAAUACACGGCCAAAUUCUCGACCGAAUUAUACGUCGAAUAAUGAACAUUAUCAUACGCACAAAGCAAACUAUAGUGAAUAUAAACCUUCAACAACUACACGGCCCAAUUAUGGAACGAAUGAUCAAUCUUAUUAUACAUCUAAACCAAACUAUGAUGGACAUAAACCUUCGACGACCAUACGGCCACAAUCCUUCCACAAUUCCCGACCGAAUUAUGCAACAAAUGAUGAAUCUUAUCAUAUGCACAAACCAAAUUAUAAUGUAUAUGAAUCUGCAAUAACCACGGGACCGAAUUAUGCAACAAAUGAUCAAUCUUAUCAUACACACAAACCAAACUAUGAUGGAUAUAAACCUUCAACGCGCAACUCAAAACCGAAUGAUGAUUUGCAUCAUACACAAAAACCAAUUUAUGGUAUAUUCAUAUCCUCAACAAACUUUCGACCAGAUAUACCGAGUCAGGAACCAUACGGCAUACAAAAGCCAGAUGGUAAUUUUCAUUUGCAAAAUGACGAUUUGAUUAAUAGGCCGAAUAAUGGUUACCCCAUUGGUCCUGGGGAAAAGCCACAUCAGGGACAAUGGAACUUAAACACUUAUCAAAAGAGACCUAGCGAGAGACCACACGAUUACGACGAUCCUGACGUGUAUCAGAAAAAACCGGACGUUAAACCACCGAGUUAUAAUACUGAAAAUUCUCAUCAAACAUCACUGAUUAAUAGACCAAGCAGCGAAUAUAAUUCUCAAAACUGGAAGAAAGACUCGCAGUCUCCUGUUCAAGAUCCUUUGCAAAAGAUUUUUGAAUCUGUUCCGAAUUCUGUAACAAAUGUUCCUUUUUAUCAAGAAGACACGUUUACAGGUUCAAGUACUUCAUCUCCCGCAAAUUACGAUCAAUACUCGGAUACUACUCCGAUUUAUCAAAAAAUACUGUCAUCUACCCAAAGCGGUUGGACGGAUGUUUCGUCUUAUGUAAGAGAAGAUACUACUCGACCCACUUUUAGCAAAGAUUCAUUUUAUAACUCUCCUUUAUCUCUUCAAAGGCCAACGAAUCAUCUAAUUCAUCAGAAAGACGAUCAGUCACAACUAUCUUCCUAUUCAAAAGCAUCGGUCGAUGAACUCCCUGCCAUUACAGAUUCAAAUAAACAGAAUGAAUCUUAUAAAAUUCCCAUAAAAUCAUCCACUUUAAAUGAUCAGUUAUUAUCUAGUACUCCAUACUGGUCGGAAACUUCCACGAUUGGUUUCCAAAUACAUAAACAGGAAGGAAAUUUUAAUACAAAAUCAACGAAGGUACAAAGCGUCACGAUCGUUAGCGAAACGAUCGAAACGGUUCACCAUCCUGGUCAUUCCGGAUACAUAUCUCAACAACAAAGAGUUACCACCGAGGUUCCAAGGCCAUUGGCGCAGCAGAUAAAGAACAAUGUAGCAGUUAUCAAGAAACCUGGACAAUAUUAUUACGAGAAGAACGUGCUGCAUCGAUAUCCUGACGAAGUAGUUGAGCAAAUUCCCACAAAUAAUUACCACUUAACGAAACAAUCUGAGGAAACACUCUUUCGGAAUCGGGAAACGGCUGAGGAGAUCACGGUAAAAGCGGUCACCGACAAUUCCGUAAUAAAUUCUAAAGCGAUCCAAAGGAACGAAGACAAAUUAACGACAACACCUACACUCGUGAUCACCGACCACGAUAAUGACGGAGGUGACGUAGUGGACGACCUCCAACGUACUUUCUCGGCUGAUCUCAAAAGUGUUGCAUCGACUGACAUUCCCAACAGAACUUUGGUGAAUUCGCAAAAAGAUCGAAAUUUAUCAUUGAUGUUGGAAAUACCCGCAAUUCCAUCCAAUGAAUCCACCAGUGCCAAGGAAUUACCUAAGCCCAUUAAUCGAGGAGUCACGCUACUUAAAGUUUCUACGCUUCUUAAUUCGUCCUCAAUACUUUCGAUUUCCAACUGAAAUCGAUGGAAAGUUUCAGAACCUCGUUUAUUUUAUUAAAUAUCAUUAAAAAUCCGGCGCUAUUAAAGCUAUAAUAAUAUAAUACUUAU